AUGGUCAUUUUGUGUUCUCUCGCAUUGCUGCUUUGGCGGAUGACGUCGCUUGUGUCGACGGCCCAAUCCAACGAACGACGGGUGGUCGCCCAUAUUCCUGGGGACAUCAUCAUCGGUGCUCUUUUCUCCGUUCACCACCAACCACCUGCAGAUAAGGUGCAUGAACGCAAAUGCGGCGCUGUCAGAGAGCAGUACGGCAUCCAGCGUGUUGAAGCCAUGAUGCAUACGUUGGACCGAAUCAACGCCGACCCCAAAAUCCUCCCCAACGUCACCCUAGGGUGUGAAAUUCGAGACUCCUGCUGGCACUCAGCCGUCGCCCUAGAGCAAAGCAUCGAGUUCAUAAGAGACUCCCUUGUGGCUGCUGAUGAAAGUGAGGAGGCUGGGGGCGGGGCUAAAUGUGCUGAUCCUGGAGCCACGCCUAUGAAGGGCAAGAAGCCAAUCGUCGGGCUGAUCGGUCCGGGUUCGAGCUCUGUGGCCAUCCAGGUGCAGAAUUUACUGCAGCUGUUUAACAUCCCUCAGAUCGCGUACUCCGCCACCAGUAUGGACCUCAGCGAUAAAUCACUGUAUAAAUACUUUAUGAGGGUCGUGCCGUCUGACGCCCAGCAGGCCAGAGCCAUGGUGGACAUAGUCAAGAGAUACAACUGGACCUACGUGUCUGCCAUCCACACAGAGGGUAACUAUGGCGAGAGUGGGAUGGAGGCGUUUAAGGAAAUGGCGGGGAAAGAAGGCAUCUGCAUCGCUCACUCAGAUAAGAUCUGGAGUAACGCAGGCGAGCAGAACUUUGACCGCCUGCUGGUGAAACUGCGCAAGUAUCUGCCCAAAGCUCGAGUGGUGGCCUGUUUCUGCGAGGGCAUGACUGUACGAAACAUCCUCAUGGCCAUGAGACGACAAAACCUGGUCGGAGAGUUUCUGCUGGUCGGCAGUGACGGAUGGGCGGACCGCUAUGAUGUCACAGAUGGUUAUGUGCGCGAGGCGGCUGGCGGGAUCACCAUAAAGCUGCAGUCUGCAGAUGUGAAGUGGUUUGAUGAUUAUUACCUGAAGCUGCGUCCUGAAAACAACAUGCGCAACCCCUGGUUCCCCGAGUUCUGGCAGCACCGCUUCCACUGCCGGCUGAAGGGACACGCGCAAGAGAACCACAAAUACAACCGAACCUGCGGCAAGCGCGAUUCUCUGCGCCAACAAUACGCUCAGGACACCAAAAUGGGUUUUGUGAUCAAUGCCAUCUACAGCAUGGCCCAUGGGCUCCACAGCAUGCAGAAAUCUCUGUGUCCAGGCGUGGUGGGACUGUGUGAUGCCAUGAGGCCCAUCGAUGGGUCAAAACUCCUGGAGUUCCUCAUGAAGACCAACUUCUCUGGAGUGACCGGAGAACACAUUUACUUUGACGAGAACGGAGAUUCACCCGGGAGUUACGUGAUCAUGAACUUUAAGAAGAUGGGCAAGGAUUAUUUCGACUACACCAACGUGGGCAGCUGGGACAACAGUGGGCUGCAGAUCGACGAUGAUGAGAUCUGGCCCAGCAAAGAGGACAUCAUCAAAUCUGUGUGCAGCGAGCCCUGUGAUAAAGGCCAGAUCAAGGUCAUCCGCAAAGGAGAGGUGAGCUGCUGCUGGACCUGCACUCCCUGUAAAGACAAUGAGUUUGUGUUCGACGAGUACACGUGUCGCGCCUGUGAACUGGGCUCCUGGCCCACCGACGACCUCAUUGGCUGUGACCCGAUCCCGGUGAAGUACCUGCGCUGGGGCGACCCUGAGCCGAUUGCAGCAGUGGUAUUCUCCUGCCUGGGUCUGAUGGCCACGUUCUUCGUCAUGUCUAUCUUCAUCAUCUACCGGGACACCCCAGUGGUGAAAUCCUCCAGCCGUGAGCUCUGCUACAUCAUCCUGGUGGGCAUCUGUCUGGGAUACCUGUGCACCUUCUGCCUCAUCGCUAAACCGCAUGUCAUCUACUGCUACCUGCAGCGGCUAGGCAUCGGAUUAUCGCCCGCCAUGAGCUAUUCAGCGCUGGUCACCAAAACUAACCGCAUUGCACGAAUACUCGCCGGCAGCAAGAAGAAAAUCUGCACCAAAAAACCCAGAUUUAUGAGCGCUUGCGCUCAGCUGGUGAUCGCAUUUUUACUGAUACUCUUGCAACUGGGUAUAAUCGUGGCGCUUUUCGUAAUGGAGCCGCCUGACGUCAUCCACGAUUAUCCAUCAAUCCGUGAGGUUAAUUUAAUCUGCAACACCACCAAUCUAGGCGUGGUGGCGCCACUGGGAUACAACGGGCUGCUAAUCAUGAGCUGCACAUUUUACGCUUUUAAAACACGUAACGUUCCUGCCAAUUUUAACGAAGCUAAAUACAUCGCUUUUACAAUGUACACCACUUGUAUAAUCUGGCUGGCGUUCGUGCCCAUUUAUUUCGGCUCCAACUAUAAGACCAUCACCAUGUGCUUCUCUGUCAGCCUGAGCGCCACUGUGGCUCUGGGAUGCAUGUUUGUGCCCAAGGUGUAUAUUAUUCUGGCUAAACCGGAGAGGAAUGUGAGGAGCGCAUUUACCACGUCUACUGUGGUGCGCAUGCAUGUGGGAGACGGGAAGUCGUCGUCGGCCGCCAGUCGAUCCAGCAGUCUGGUUAACCUGUGGAAGAGAAGAGGAUCAUCUGGAGAGACACUCUCGGUGACGUGGGCCCAAAACGAGUGCAGUUCCAAAGGCACCCACCUGUGGCAGCGUCUCUCCUUUCACAUCAAAAAGCGCGAAAGCAACCAGACGGCUGUGAUCAAACCCUUCUCCAAGACAUCUGAGGGACGCUACUGCGGAGGCAGCGACAUAAACACGGACAACAGCAACAACAAGAUGCUCUAUGAAGUCACGGAGGCGGAGGAACGCUACCCAAUCACCUACCGGCCCCAAACGCCCUCUCCAAUCAGCACCGUCACACAAAGAGCUAGCAUCGCUUUAGCACAAAGCUCUGACGCGCAGGUCAUGAGUGUUUCUACGUACAUGUGCCAGCCUCCACAGCAUCGCGUGCCAUGUCCUGGCGGAAGCGCGUCACAGGGCUCUCUAAUGGAGCAGAUUAGCUGUGUGGUAAACCGCUUCACUGCUAACAUCAGCGAGCUUAAUAGCAUGAUGCUCACCAGUUCUCCUCCAGGGGGAGCUGUCGGUUUAUCCACUAGCACUUCAGCACACGUCCACUCACCUGAACCAUGCUGUCCACCAUCUUACCGCCUGUCCCGGGAGGUUUCCCUACCAUCCACUAUGACAACCUAUGCUGAAAUACAGCCACUCCCACCGGUGGAGUCAAACGUGGGUCGAGCUGCCACCUCCUGCCAUCUUUCUGGACCAUCACGACUGAAAACAUCUCCAACAACCAGUGGGAAUGAGCUAAAAGUGGGAGUGGCAUCAGCUCUGGAGUCGCCGUCCAAUCAACCGGAGCUUGAGGAACUGCUGGCGCUGACUCCGCCCUCCCCCUUUAGGGACUCGGUUGGGUCAGGCAGCGCUUCACCCAGUUCUCCAACAUCCGAUGCUGAAACUUCAGUACUUCCGACCAUCCCUAAAUACGAGUGCCUGGUGCUGCGACACUACAGCCAAAGCUCGUCUUCAUUAUGAGGACCGGCGCGGAUGGAAAAUUCUAAGCGGUGUU